GUCUCAUGAGAGGGGUUAGUGGUUGCAGUGAUCUGAGUAGCACCCUAAAGUUCUGAGUUUAAAUCUUCAUAGAAUUGAAUUUCAAAUUGGGUUAUUUGAAGGCUAAGUUCUAUAUUCGAUAGGCUAAGUUCCUAAUUUAAAAAGGCUACAUAUAUCCGGUUGUAUAUAUAGACAGGUAAAAAUACCCUUCUAAAAAAACAGAAGUCUCAUGAAGAAAACAAAAUAAACCCAAACCUUUUCUGAGUUCAGAUGAUCUAGACCGUCCAUCUAUAGAUAUCGGUCCGGUGAACGGGUGAUGAACAUGUUGAACUUCAGUUAUAUUUUUUAAAAAUAUAUUUUUAUAUUACUGAAACAUUUUAUAUUUCUGCAAUGAGGUAGUAGAGAUUAACACCAGUGGACCAUUUAUCAGCACUGAAUAUUUUAACAAACCCAAAUCUGUUUACCUUUUUCCAAAAACAAUAAAAUAAGUUUGGGGGGGACCUUAUCGGCUGGCAUGUUCAUUGUAUUGAAAUGCUGAAUUAUACCACAUUCUCCACAAUCUGAAUUGAACAAGGACACUACUAGUAACAAAUUGGGAUCACAAGACAAAGACACAUUCUUACACCCAAUCUGCCGUACCGGCAAAAUGGAUAGAAAAACAGAGUACAGCUCGGUUCCUUGCCCGCACGUAUGUAGCGUCCGGUACAUGAUUGUGAUAAGCCCUCGUACUAACAAUCUCCACGAUUCGCAGUGUGUGCAGGCACGUCGUCCGGCGAAGUUGUGCGCCGUGUUAUUCUAAUAUUCUCCAACUAAUCAUCACUCUGAUUGAUUGAUUGGUCAAUCCGAUGCUCACUAUAAAUUCCAGUGGUUGCAUGCUUUUUCUUCAUCAGAGCUCGGCAAUUCAGCCUAGUGUGGUGGUGCAGAAGACCACGAGCAGGACAAGAUCGGUGCAAUGGCGGCGGCUUCAUCGACGACGGCGACGACGGCCAUCCUGGCGGCAGUGAUCAUCUCUCUCGCCGGCGCUGCCACCACCGUGGACGCCAAGUUCAGGGCGAUGCAGUGGACUCCCGCCCACGCCACGUUCUACGGCGACGAGACGGCGUCGGAGACGAUGGGUGGGGCGUGCGGGUACGGCAACCUGUACGCGAGCGGGUACGGGACGGACACGGCGGCGCUGAGCACGACGCUGUUCAAGGACGGCUACGGGUGCGGGACGUGCUACCAGAUGCGGUGCGUGGGGACGGCGUCCUGCUACAGGGGCUCGCCGGCGAUCACCGUGACGGCGACCAACCUGUGCCCGCCCAACUGGGCGGAGGACCCCGACCGCGGCGGCGGCGGCUGGUGCAACCCGCCGCGGGCGCACUUUGACCUCUCCAAGCCGGCGUUCAUGCGGAUGGCCGACUGGCGCGCCGGCAUCGUCCCCGUCAUGUACCGCCGCGUGCCGUGCGCCCGCGCCGGCGGCCUGCGGUUCGCGCUGCAGGGGAACCCGUACUGGCUGCUGGCCUACGUCAUGAACGUCGCCGGCGCCGGCGACGUCGGGGACAUGUGGGUGAAGGCCGGCGGCGGCGGGGGUUGGGUGCGGAUGAGCCACAACUGGGGCGCGUCGUACCAGGCGUUCGCGCAGCUCGGCGGCCAGGCGCUCAGCUUCAAGGUCACCUCCUACACCACCGGCCAGACCAUCCUGGCCGCCGGCGUCACGCCGGCGAGCUGGUGCUUCGGGCUCACGUACCAGGCCCGCGUGAACUUCUCCUAGAUCGUUUUUUUAGUAGCAGCAAGCAGCGAGGAGAACUCACUCUUGAUAAGUGAGAAUGCUCGGCUCUGCUGCUCUCUUCUAUCGUCUGCUCUGUCGCUGUAUCGUAGUUACUCCCGUUGCCCCCAUCCACAACAUCAACAUGGUCAUGUGGAACAGCGGGGUUUGACGACAACAUUGAUGAUGUACUCCAAUAUUGCCAUAUUGGAAUGUAAACUACAUUGUGAUGAUGCAAGCAAGGCAAAAAAAUUUGCCGAGUUAUUUGUUGU